AUGUUAUCUAACUUUCUCACUAUUCAAGUGAUACUGACAGAUAUUCCUCGAUACAAAAAAGACCAAUACCGAGUCACUCUUUAUGAUCCCUAUUAUGUUGCAAGACAAAUGGAUUUCUGUCAAGCUCUUGCAACACCAUUUCCUAGCAAAACCCCUCCUCUCUGCAAAAUAAACUUCAACAGGAAGAAAGGAAUUGACAAGUGUCUCGAUCAUAAUGACUAUUAUUCUCGCUCUGAUCGAUCACUAGAGAACAUCUUCAAGGGACUCGUCAAGUCUUUUCCAGAUUCCCUUGAAAUGCUGACUUCAAAAACUUCAAAAAGAAAAACUGAGCCAUCGAAGCACCAAAAAGACAAAAAGAUACUAAAAGUCUCAAAGGUUUCCCAAACCAACAAGGUAGUAGAUGAACUUAUGGCUGAAUUUGCUGAUCUAGGCAAUAGUGGUUUGUCUCCUGAUAAGCAACAAUAUGAUGAGAAAAAUAUCCAUAGAAGGGUCUAUGAUGCUCUAAACAUUCUUAUGACAAUGGAUAUUAUUUCGAAGGAUAAAAGGGAAAUACAAUGGAAGGGUUUUCUUCGUACUAGAAUGAACGAUAUUGAAGAACUAAAGAUUUGUAGACAACCUCAAGUUUUGCUAUUUUUAUCAAAGUAG